AUGGAAUGUAUCCAACAAACACACAAUAUUUCUUGUCUACUCCUACUCCUCUACUCUGGUGAGAAGGUGGCCGUGCAUCUCGCCCACAACAACCCCCUCUGCCACCCGAUAUUAUGGAAUGGAACAUCCGGAUCAGACCACUAUUUUAAUAGUGAUUAUUUUGCUCUCCAAUCGCUGCACAUUUUGUCUCCGUUGUUAAAAUUUUCC